AUGACCCCUAUCCUGAUUUUUAUGAUAAUCAGCUCCUUGCUUCUUUUUAUCCUGUAGCCCAAGGGCUGUCUGCACCCCUUAUUACUAGAGUUUAGUUUUGCCUGGCUUUGAAUUUAAUACAGAUGGAAUGAAAAUGGACAUGUUCUUAUGUUUUUCCCAUCUAGCAGUGUAUUUGUGAGCGUCAUUCAUGUGUGUAGCUGUAGUAUGUUCGUCUUCAUUGCUGUAGAGCAUCCAUCUGCUACUCAUGGACGUGUGGGCUGCUUCCCCCUUCCUUUGGCUACUAACAACAACGCUGUAAGAAUACCCUGUGUGAACUCCCUAGUGCACUGGUGCAUAAAUUUCUUCAGAGCAUAUAUAACUUGGCGUGGAAUUGCUAGAGCACAGGGCAUACAAUGCGUAUUUUAGCUUUAGUAAAUAUUUUGUUAAGUGGUUGUACCAAUUUACUCCUCGCUAGCGACACACAGAUUUCCUGUUGCUCCAUGUCUUUGUCAACAUUCGGUAUUGUUAAACUGUGUGAUUUCUACCUUGCUGGUAGGCAUGUAAGAGUAUCUCAUCAUGAUGUAAAUUACAUUUUCAUUCUCUUUUCUUGGUAGGUCUACUGAUAUUUUUGUGUAUGUUUGCUAACGUGCAUAAUAUAUCCAUUCAUUGGUGCCUGUAUAAGGGCUUCAUGAGGAAAGAAGCACAUCUUGAGGGUACUUGAAAUUUUUUAUUGCUAGGAGUGUAUGAUUGAAAUAUAAUAGUUGACAGACCAUUGUAAUAUUGAAUGCUAGGAAGGGGGCUGGUGUAUAGCUUGGGAGUGGGAGGGUAAUAUUUGAUCUUGAGAGGAGACCCCCCCCCAGUGGCAGUGCCUGCAAGGGGGCUGCCUUCUCCCAUAGGGUAGUGAGCCCCCAGAGUACCCACUGCCCUCAGGCCCCCCUGCCUGGCACAUCUGGCAGGAGAAGGGGAGACUCCGGGGCUAAGUCCCCAGCAGGUGUCCCCUUCAAUGUAGAAUUGGUGGGUGCCUGUCUUCAUUAGGUGCUUUUAGGACAGUGGUUCUUAACUGGGGGUGAUUUUGUCUCCCCCAGGGGACAUUUGCCAUUGUCUAAUGACAUUGGCCAGGGAUACUACUAAACAUCCUAAAAUGCACAGGACAGCCCCCACGACAGAUAAUUACCUGGCCCUGGGCAUCAGUGGUGUCGAGGGUGAGAAACUCUGAUCUAAGAAAAGAGCCAGGAAACUGAGAUUUGCCGCAAACUUGCUGCAUGGCCUUGGGGAAGUCACUUACAUGUGUUGAACCUCAGUCUCAGCAUCUGAACAACGGGGUGGCAAGGGUUGCUGUCCCUCCCCUUCACAGGGCUGUCAUCAGGAGAGGGAGAGGGUGGACACACAGGCUUGUGGGGAUCGGCCUGCAAAGGGGCCCGUGGCGGCCGUGUUCCAGUGGAGGCAGGGCUUUCCAGCACUGGCCCUUCUUCCUUGACUGUGCUCUCUGUCCACUGAGUUGGAGGCGUCAGGUGACCAGCCAUGAGCCUGGGUCCUCGUUCAUGUGGUUCCCCCAGAGCCCUGAGGGCCCCAGCCUUUUGAUGAGGGCUGCAGAAAUGAGGGGCUCUCUGGGAGCCCUGGGGCCCAGACAAAACCGUCUCUGACUUUGUCCUUAGCCAGAUGGGAGUCCAAGGUUGUGGGGGUGAUAAGAGGUGUUUAUCUUGUUCCUUAUCUGAGGCCCCACUGAGGUCCAGGGCAGUGAAGGGUGGGAGCCAGAGGUCACCUCUGGGGGCUCCGUACGCCCAGGCCAGGCUCCUACUCAUCCUUUGUGUCCUUCUGGAGUUUGCUAUCACGGGGGGGGGAGGGGGGAGGGCCCGGUUUAGGGUCAGAGUCUAGGUCGGUCCUCCCUGAGCCUCUCUGACCUUCCUUUUCUGGGUUUGCCUGACCCGUUGGCAUCUCCUGCCUUUUCCAGGAGCCACGGCCUGCCUGGUCCUCCCCAUCCCACGCUCUUCCUUCCCGCAGCGCUCACCAAACGCCGGUGAGCCCAUCCGCCUGGGAAGCCGAUGACCGAGCUUUCUUGACAAGGGGUAUUUACCCAUCAAAGAUAAGAAUCCCUCAGCCACCGCAAAAAAGCACUCAGUUAAAAUCUCUGUCAAAUCUCCUUGACAGGCUGUUAGGAAAGCACUCUGGGGGCUGCAGAACCACGGAAACCGCGUGGGCAGCAGGAGCGUGUCUCGCAAGUGAGGACCAUGCGGGGCUCGGCUCUCCCCAGAGCUCCCUGGCCUAUGCUUGGUCUCGGGGGCCAUUUCCAGGUGCGCUGCGGUAGGACUUCGAACUGGGUGUCUGCAGGCCCUGGGAAGGCCCUAGGCCGAGGCAGCAGGUAUGUGGUCAGCCGAAAGACGGUGAACGGUGGGGCUUCUGGCUAAAGGACGCGUGUCUCUGGGAGGGGCUGGCAGGAGGCCUGGCUUAGGGUUAGGCCCACGCUGGGCCCUGGGGGAUUCUUGCCUCUCUGUGUCUCUGCAGCCUGGUUGGUACCUGGGGCCAUCUGAGGCCGGGCUGGGCGUGGGUUGCUGUGAGAGGCUCCUGGGGGGACGGAAGGGCAGCAUAGGUGGCCCGGAGCCCCGGCGGGUGAGACUGGAGCAGUCUGCGCGGGGCAGGCUGUGGUGUGUGAGAGAGGCCUUCCGGGCCUGUGGUUCCCCUGCACUGUGAGUAAUCCUCGGCCACAUUGCAGCUCCCAGGGGAUUGUGCAACUUCCUCUCCGCAGGCCGGGUGAGAAACAGCGUGGGGGAAAUGAGGAAACUGGGCCCAGUGCUGGGGUGGGGGCGCGGCCCUGGGCUCCGGCCCCGGAGGAGCUGAGCCUUCCAGGGGGCCUCCUUCCAGGGGGCUGCCCUCUGCCAGGUACACGGGGAGCCAGCGCCGGCAGCCGCCAUGGCGUCGCGCAUCGGGCUGCGCAUGCAGCUCAUGCGGGAGCAGGCGCAGCAGGAGGAGCAGCGGGAGCGCAUGCAGCAGCAGGCCGUCAUGCACUACAUGCAGCAGCAGCAGCAGCAGCAGCAGCAGCAGCAGCAGCAGCAGCAGCAGCAACAGCAGCUGGGGGGGCCGCCCACGCCGGCCAUCAACACCCCCGUCCACUUCCAGUCACCGCCACCUGUGCCCGGGGAGGUGCUGAAGGUGCAGUCCUACCUGGAGAAUCCCACGUCCUACCAUCUGCAGCAGUCCCAGCACCAGAAGGUUCGGGAGUACCUGUCCGAGACCUACGGGAACAAGUUUGCCGCCCACAUCAGCCCCGCCCAGGGUUCCCCAAAGCCCCCGCCAGCCGCCUCCCCGGGGGUGCGGGCUGGACACGUGCUGUCAUCCUCAGCAGGAAACAGUGCUCCCAACAGCCCCAUGGCCAUGCUGCACAUCGGCUCCAACCCCGAGCGCGAGUUUGAUGAUGUCAUCGACAACAUCAUGCGUCUGGACGAUGUCCUGGGCUACAUCAAUCCUGAAAUGCAGAUGCCCAACACGCUGCCCCUGUCUAGCAGCCACCUGAACGUGUAUAGCAGCGACCCCCAGGUCACAGCCUCCCUGGUGGGAGUCACCAGUAGCUCCUGCCCGGCCGACCUGACUCAGAAGCGAGAGCUCACAGAUGCUGAGAGCCGGGCCCUGGCCAAGGAGCGGCAGAAGAAAGACAAUCACAACCUAAUCGAAAGGAGACGGAGGUUCAACAUCAACGACCGCAUCAAGGAGUUGGGAAUGCUGAUCCCCAAGGCCAAUGACCUGGACGUGCGCUGGAACAAGGGCACCAUCCUCAAGGCGUCUGUGGAUUAUAUCCGGAGGAUGCAGAAGGACCUGCAGAAGUCCCGGGAGCUUGAGAACCACUCUCGGCGCCUGGAGAUGACCAACAAGCAGCUCUGGCUCCGUAUCCAGGAGCUGGAGAUGCAGGCUCGCGUGCACGGCCUGCCCACCACCUCCCCUUCGGGCAUGAACAUGGCCGAGCUGGCCCAGCAGGUGGUGAAGCAGGAGCUGCCCGGCGAAGAGGGCCCAGGGGAGACCCUGAUGCUGGGUGCCGAGGUCCCUGACCCUGAGCCGCUGCCGGCUUUGCCUCCCCAGGCCCCGCUGGGCCCGCCUGCUCAGCCACCGUCCCCAUUCCAUCACCUGGACUUCAGCCACAGCCUGGGCUUUGGGGGAGGGGAAGACGAGGGGCCCCCGGGCUACCCCGAAGCCCUGGGGCCGGAGCAUGGCUCCCCCUUCCCCAACCUGUCCAAGAAGGAUCUGGACCUCAUGCUCCUGGACGACUCCCUGCUACCGCUGGCCUCCGACCCCCUCUUAUCCACCAUGUCCCCCGAGGCCUCCAAGGCCAGCAGCCGCCGGAGCAGCUUCAGCAUGGAGGAGGGCGAUGUGCUGUGACCCUGGCUGCCCCUGUGCCAGGGAACAGGGGCCGGCCUGGGGGCUGGGAGGGCUGGGGCACCCCCUCCCUCCCUUCAGGCUGCACUUGUGUGUGAAUUAGCCACCUGCCCUGCCUCACUACUCCCCAUUGGCCCCCUGUUUGGACUUAGUGCCUGCCUGGCAGCCUGUGGGGUCAGGAGAAGCCCCCCACCUCAGUGCCCCCCUCUGGGGUGGCCCUCUUGAUGGGGCUGGGAGGGAGUAGGCCUUCAACUUGGCUCCAGGAGGUGAAAUCAUGGGGGGGAGGAGGGGCAGGUGUACUAGAGGUAAGAAGAGGACUCCUAGUGGGGGGGGUCCCAUCUUCUGGGCCUGAUCCCCCCAUCACCACCAAUGAAGGACACGUUGGAGCAGAGGAUUCCAGAAGCUCCUUCUCUGAGGCAGCGGCUGGUCUGGGGGUGCCCGGGCCUGCCUUUCUGGGACUCAGAUGGCAAUAAGCCCAUCCCCCAGCCUGGUCCUCCCCCCUCCCACAGGUGGGGUCCCACCCCCUUCGGUGCUAACAGCUCUCCACCAGGUGGUGUGAGGGUGGGGGUGGCUGGAAGAGCAGGACAGCUGGGUUCAGGUUAGAGUGUGGGGUCACUGCUGGAAGAGCAGCCCCCUCCAGACUUCCCACUUUGUGCCUUUAGUAAACACUGUGCUUUGUA